AUGGCGCAAGUGACGCCUCGAGUCGCGGUCAUCGGCGCCGGGAUCGCCGGUCUCAGCGCGGCCGCCAAGCUCAGCGAGCGAUGCGUCGUCGAGCUCUUCGACAUGGGCGGCCGCGGCGUCGGCGGUCGCGCGUCGAGCAGCCGCCCGGCCGGCGAGACGACGCCUCCGCUGACGUUCGACCACGGCUGCCAGCUUCUGACGGCGACGGACGCGAGCUUCCGCGCGCGAUGCGCGACGCUCGAGCGCGCGGGCGCGAUCGCGCGAUGGGACGCGCGGUUCGGCGUCUUGCGCGCGCGCGACGGCGCGUUCAUCGCCAAGGCUGACCUCCCGACGAAGACGUCGUCCGAUGAUCGCCCCCCGGACUUUUUCGGAGUGCUCUCCUCGGAGGACGUCUUCGUCGGAACGCCCACGAUGGUCGGCGCGAGCGACGGCCUCCUGAGCGCGUGCUCGAUCGCGCGGACGACGCAGCGGCAGCGCGUGUGCGUCACGUCGCUGACGCGGUCUGCGAAGACGCGAUCCUGGCGCGUCAUGGGCGUGGACGUGGGACGAAAGCGCGUCGACGCUAAGGAAGCCGCGGCGAAGAUGGGCGAGCGCGACCUCGGGAGCUUCGACGCGGUCGUCGUCACGGACGUAAUGUGCGCGACGAGCGGCACCCCGGGCUCGUGCGCGCUGACGUUCGAAGGCGAGGAUGGCGAUGGCGACGGUUCGGAUUCCGACGGUUCGGAUUCCGUCGCGGCGGCGUGUUGGCGAGAGAUGUCGGCGCUUCCGCCCCAGUCGCUCUUCUCGCUGAUGAUCGCGUUCCCGACGCCGCUGACGGGCCCGCCGUUCGACGCCGCCGUCGUCGAGGACUCGGACGUCGUGCAGUUCCUGUCGCGGGACUCGAGCAAGCCGGGGCGCGGCCGGGACGACGGCGUCGAGUGCUGGACCGCGGUGAGCACCGAGGCGUUCGCGAGAGAGAUGGUGGCGCGAGCGCCGCUGAGCGUCGACGGGAAGUAUAACCCUCAGACCGCGGAGUACCUCGCGCAGAUCACGCCGACGAUGCGGGACGAGGUCUUGCGGCUGUUGCGUGGAAGCUGCGGGGGCGGGACCCAUGGGAUUGGUGCCGGUUCGGUUCCCGCGCCGGUUCACGUCGCGAGUCAGCGGUGGGGGAACGCGUUUCCCUCGACGCCCAUCGCGAGCGGCGGCGGAGGAAGCGGCCCCGGGUUCGCGCACGACGCGACGCGAGCGUUCGCCGCGUGCGGUGACUUCGUCGGCGGCGCGGGGGUCGAGCGCGCGUGGCUGAGCGGGACGCGGGCCGGGGAGGCGGUGUCCGAGGCGUUGCUCGCGCGAGGCGGGCGGCGCGCGAGUUUGUGAUGGACAGCGGCCGGCGGCGGCGGUCGCGUAGAGACGUUCGAGUGACUUGAGUUGAGACAUGAAAUA